UGGUGUCUUAUUAGGAGGAAAAAAGGUUGCCUCAAAAACCCAAAAGAAGUUAAGGCUCAAAGAUCUACUUUACACACAGGAUAUCUGCUCUGCAUCUACUGAACAUCUACUGCAAAUCUCUCUUGUUUCUGUUGGUCGUCUGUUUUGGUCUACUUUGCAUCAGCAGCCAUGGUUCUGGAGGAGAACGAGAAUGACUCUGUCUUUGAGCCCCAAAUCACUGAGGAGCACAUUGACACUCAGUAUGGGAAGGUCCACUGCAUCAUGACAGGGACACCGAAGGCAAACCGUCCUGUGAUCCUGACAUAUCAUGAUGUCGGACUGAACCACAAGUCAUGUUUUGAGACUCUGUUCAAGCAUGAGGACAUGCAGGAAAUCGUCAGACAUUUGCCUGUGUGUCAUGUUGAAGCACCAGGACAACAUGAGGGAGCCAAAACUCUUCCUACUGCGUACACCUACCCUUCCAUGGACCAGCUGUCUGAAGCGCUGCCUGCUGUCCUCAAACACUACGGGUUGCGUAGUGUGAUUGGGCUGGGAGUUGGAGCAGGAGCCUACAUUCUCUCUCAAUUCGCUCUGAAUCACCCUGAUAUGGUGGACGGAUUGGUUCUGGUCAACAUCAACCCCAACGCUGAAGGACUAAUGGAUACUUUUGCAAGCAAGAUCACUGAAUGGACCCACACUCUCCCCGACACAGUCAUCACACACUUAUUUGGAAAGGAGGAGAUCCAGACCAACCAUGACCUCAUAGCUACAUACCGUCACCACAUCACAACAACCAUGAACCAGACCAAUGUGGCUCAGUUCUUCCGCUCCUACAACAGCCGCAACGCUCUGGACGUGGAGAGGCCUAUCCCUGGAGGAAACAUCAAUGUCAGGACACUCAAGUGCGCCACUCUCCUGGUUGUAGGAGAUCAGUCUCCAGCUGUGGAGGCUGUGGUCGACUGCAACUCCAAACUCAACCCCACAAAGACCACACUGCUGAAGAUGGCAGACUGUGGAGGACUUCCUCAAGUGGUUCAGCCAGCCAAAGUGAUUGAAGCCUUGAAAUAUUUCAUCCAGGGCAUGGGAUACUUGUCCAGUGCCAGCAUGACCAGACUUCGAUCCCGGACAACCUCCAGCUCCAGCAUCUCAUCCUUCGAUGGCUCUCGGAGCCGGGCACACACCAACGAGCUGCAGCGUGGCCGGACACUCUCACACGGCACAGAGGAGAAGCGUGGGCGCUCACACACUGACAUCUCCAUGGAGAGCAUCUCCAACAGUCACAUGGAUCAGAGCAUCUCAAAGACCACUGAAGUGGCCUGCUAGAGCGCGCUCUGCCCUAAAUCCCAUGCACUUAACUCAAAUUAUACCUCACUAUAGCUUUAUCCUACAUACUGUAUUUACCUACCUCUACCCUCAUCCUGUAAUGCCCUUUUAUCUGCACUAUUUAUCCUAUAUACUCAUAUAUAUGAGUAUCCCUCUGUAGCUUCUGUGUCUUUCCCUUUCCCUUCAUCAAUUUAACAUCCUUUCCUAUGUCUCUCCCUGGCUUCCUAGUCUCUCCAUAUAAGUGCUCUGCUCCUCCUCAGCCUCUUCCUCUCUGUAUCCUACCCUGAACUGUUACUGUAUGUCCCUACGUAUGUGUUUCUCUUCCUGAUUCUCUAAUAUUUUUUAAUAAUAUACAACACAUGAGGAAAUCAUGACAGCAGAAAUGUAUUCACUGAAAACUAACAUCUGUUCUUAGGCUAAAACUCAGAUGCAUAUUCAUUUAUAAUGAGUAAAAUCAACAUGUAAAGAUAUAUUUAUUAACUAUAUCAAGUAAUUUCCUAUAGUGUAACAGCUGGAUGUUCAUAACUGUAGGAGUGUAUGUGUAUAUGCAAUGAUGACAACUGUGUAAUGUUAAUUACAGGACUGUGUUAUGAACAUAAGUUUUAGCUCAUAAAAUGUUUUAAACCUAUGGGAAAUGAAGUCAUAUCAUUAUUAUUAUUAUUUCACACUCAGUUCAAUCAUUAAACCGGGUGACUUGAUGUAAUUAUUUCUUGUGCUAUGAAUGAUUAAACAUUUUACUGUAAA